UGGCUGGACGCACACACACUCUUUGCGCACACACACUCACGCACUGAGGGUGACUUGUGUGUGCAGCCAGCAGAGAGAGAGAGACGCGCUCGGAGACAGAAAGGUGCGCAGAAAGGAGAGAGGACGGCAGACAGAGAGCAGCAGCAGGACGGAGCAUCUCCUGCGCGUCACUGCAGCUUCAAGGAUCUUAAACAUCUCCAACUGCAACUCACUGAGGCGCGUAAACUUUUUAAAAUAUACAGAUUUUUAUUUUUUCACAAAGAGAGUUUUGGAUCUGAAUCACGCGGUUCCUGGAAGAGUUUCCCCGCAUUUAAAGCAACUUUUUCCAUCCCAGUGCAGCAGUUUUAAAAAGAAAAAAGUUUACAUUUUUCUUGGCUCCAGGCUUGGCUUCACUUUUUCCACUUGUUUUUUUAAUAUUAUUAUUAAUAUUUGUCUCAAUUUUCCAGACAUUUUUAAACAAUUUUUUUACUUUAUACCUCCAAUUUUUUAACCCAGAAACUCACAAAAAUGAACUUUCAAACACCAACAGCGUCCCCAGCCAGGUGUGCCUCCAGCCCCACAUGUUUAAAUCAUUAAAGCAAACUGACUUUCGGUGAUUUCAUUUUUGUUUUUUCCUCUGAAGGUUUGAGAUUAAAGCGUCACCUGUUGCUGCGUCUCCUCCACUCAGCCAACCGCGAUUUGCGCUCUGGAGACGCCAAAAAACAAACAGAAAAAGAGAACAUAAUCCAUAUCACACCUCCGCAGUUCAUUCAUUCCCAAAGCCAAAAGACAAAAAAAGAAAACCAACCCGCGCCAGGAGCGUUUGGAGCGCGUAAAUCGGCGCUGCGCUUUUUACGCACAAGGAAAUAAUCAACAAAAACUUGUGACCCAGCCUUUUAUUUAUUUUUUGAACAUCUUCGUCAUCCUCCUCAUCAUGCUGUUCGACAGCUUUGACUUGAUCUCGGCUCUGGCCACGCUGGCCGCCUGCCUGGUGUCCAUGGCGCUGCUGGUCGCCGUCUCCCAGCAGCUCUGGCAGCUCCGGUGGACGGCCACCCGGGACAAGAACUGCAAGCUGCCGAUGCCCAAAGGCUCCAUGGGCUUCCCGUUCAUCGGAGAGACCUGCCACUGGCUGCUGCAGGGUUCAGGCUUCCACGCGUCGCGAAGGCAGAAAUACGGCAACGUGUUCAAGACCCACCUGCUCGGCCGACCACUGAUCCGAGUGACGGGGGCCGAAAACGUCCGGAAGGUUCUGAUGGGCGAGCACACGCUGGUGACGGUCGACUGGCCGCAGAGCACGUCCACGCUGCUGGGACCCAACUCUCUGGCCAACAGCAUCGGAGACAUCCACCGCAAGAGGAGGAAGGUGUUCGCCAAAGUGUUCAGCCAUGAAGCGUUGGAGUCCUACCUCCCAAAAAUCCAGCAGGUCAUCCAAGAGAGCCUCCGAGUGUGGAGCUCCAACCCCGAGCCCAUCAACGUCUACAGGGAGAGCCAGAGGCUGUCGUUCACCAUGGCGGUCAGGGUGCUGCUGGGGUUCAGGGUGUCGGAGGAGGAAAUGAGGCACCAGUUCUCCACCUUUCAGGACUUCGUCAACAACCUCUUCAGCCUCCCAAUCGACCUGCCGUUCAGCGGCUACAGGAAGGGAAUCCGAGCGCGAGACACGCUUCAGAAAAGCAUAGAGAAAGCCAUCAGAGAAAAGCCUCUGUGUUCCCAGGGGAAGGAUUACAGCGACGCGCUGGAUGUCCUGAUGGAGAGCGCCAAGGAGAACGGCACCGAGCUCAGCAUGCAGGAGCUCAAGGAAUCAACCAUCGAGCUGAUCUUCGCUGCCUUCGCCACCACCGCCAGCGCCAGCACCUCCCUGAUCAUGGCGCUCCUCCGCCACCCUCAGGUUCUGGAGCGCCUCAGGGAGGAGCUGAGAGGCCGAGGCCUCCUCCACAACGGCUGCCUCUGUCCCGAACAAGAGCUGAGGCUGGACACCAUCAUCAGCCUCAAGUACCUGGACUGUGUCAUCAAGGAGGUGCUGAGGCUGUACACGCCGGUGUCCGGAGCCUACCGAACAGCAAUGCAGACCUUCGAACUAGAUGGAGUUCAGAUUCCCAAAGGCUGGAGCGUGAUGUACAGCAUUCGGGACACUCACGACACAGCUGCCGUCUUCAAAGACGUAGAAGCCUUCGACCCCGACCGCUUCAGUCAGGAGCGGAGCGAAGACAAGGAGGGCCGCUUCCACUACCUGCCGUUUGGCGGCGGCGUUCGCUCCUGUCUGGGAAAGCAACUCGCCACGCUUUUCCUCCGCAUCCUCGCCAUCGAGCUGGCCAGCACCAGCCGCUUUGAACUGGCCACUCGGCAGUUCCCGCGCGUCGUCACGGUCCCCGUGGUUCACCCCGUCGACGGGCUAAAGGUCAAGUUCUUUGGCCUGGACUCCAAUCAGAACGAGAUCUUGGCGAAGUCAGACGAGCUGCUGGGAGCGACGGUUUAGUAAGGGCGGCUGCUCAUGAGGGUUGGGUGGAGAAGUUCAGAGAUUUAAGUCUUUAGGGAGAAGAUUGAUGGAAGGAAACAAUAAUUUCAGAAAGAUUUUCCCUUCUUCACCUUUGCUCUGCCAGAUUGGAGCGUUCUUUCAGACUCUUCUAACAAAUGGUUAUCAGGACUCUUCUUUAAGAAAGGAGGAAACUGCCAAAAACUUUUUAAAUAUGCUCUAUUCUGUGUAUUUUCUGAAGAAGUAUACUUAGAAAAUAUGUACAAAAAGCUAUCUAAUAUAAUUUGAAUGGGAGUGGUGCACAACAGACUUUUGGUGAAAUGAAGAGUUGAGAUGAGAACAGUAACGGUGUUUUAGAGAGAGGCGAGAGAUUAAACAGGGUAUAGAGAGAAGGAAUAUAAUUUUCAACCAUUUUGCUUGUGCUUAAAUUCAAUAAAUCAUUCCAGUUGACUUGCAGGGUAAAAGAGAUGGAUUAUAUGGAAACAGAGUUUUUCUUAUUGGCAAAUAUUUAACCUUGCACCCAUGUGCUAAAAUGUGUAAUAUCUUAUCUGAUACAGGGAUCAAUAUUUAAAUAAAAUCUUUUUUAAAAAUCAAGGACAAAAUUGCUUUUAUUGAAUGGAUAUGUUAAGCAUACAAUACAUUUUAAAAUAGAAACAAAUUAGUUUAUUUAGAAUUACCUAAAAAAAAAAAAUCAAGUAACUCGUUCUUUAAAAGCAAACAGGAAAGUGACUAAAGAAUAAAAACAUCCUAAUAACAGCUUGAUUUGAAAAACUUUUACAAACUGGUUUGUUUAAUUUAAAUCCUGUUUGGUUUGCCAUUUUUUUGAUCAUCAAAUCUAUUGUUAGGUUUAUGAAAAGCCUUCUUCAUUAACCUUAAUAACAAAGUCUUCUUCAUUGGAAACACAAUUGCUAAGCUUUAGGAACCUGGUCAGGGUUAAUGAACCGAGCCUACUUAGUUUGGCUUUAGAACUAAUUCUGCUUGGUUAGGAAACCCAGUUUUUCAUACUUGAUUAGGUUUAGGAACCAGAUCUACAUGAUAAGAUUCGGGAAACAAACCAACUUCUUUAUGUUGAAACAGAAACCUGGUUAAGGACCAAUCCUACACUGACUUGAUUAGGUUUGGAAACCAUUCCCACUUGGUCAGGUUUAAGAACCAACCUACUUGAUUGAGUUUAGGAACCAAUUCUACUUGAUCAGAUUUUGGAAAGAAAUCCUUUUUUGUUGUCAAUCCUAGUUGGUUGUUUAAAGAAACCAAUCCUACUUUAUUGGAUUUAGGAACCAAACCUUCUUGGUCAUAUUUAGGAAGCAAUCCUACUUGGUUGGAUUGGUUUAUGUACCAGUCCUACUUGGUUCCCAAUUCUAUUUGGUUGUGUUUAGAGAGUAGUCCUACUUCAUUGGGUUUAGGAACCAAUCCCACUUGGUCGCUAAAGCUAACCAAACGUACUUGGUUAUCUUUAGCUGAACAAACGAGGAUUAGCUUUAGGAGUUAAGCUUAAAUAUUGGCCAAACUUACUUUAUUUACAUAUCCAAUUUACUCAGUUAGUUUCCAAACCUCUUUGGUCAAAAAAAGGUUUGAACCAAAUUUACUUGUUUAUGCUUAGAAAUUAUUCCCAAAAAGCUUCUGCUUACCAUCAAUGACACAACUAACACUGCAAAAUCUACGGCUGUUACGGUAUUAAAAACCAGUAAAAAAAAGAAAACUUUUUCUGAAAAACAAAACACAAGUUGAAUAUUCCCAAACAGUAAAAAAUACAGACUUGAACGCUUCCUAAAUUUUGCUUAACCUAGUGAUGCUGACGUUAAACUCAGGUGCAAAGAAGACAAUGUAAAACUUAGAUUAUCUGCUUGUUGAUAUUUUUCUGACUGCAUAAUAAAAUCUCUUACUAAUAGCUUUAAUAUUUUAGGUGAAACAACUACCUGUCAAAUUAAGAUUUUAUUUUUUAGCUAAUGUAUUCCUCUAUCUUAUCUUUUACAGUUCAGAAGGCACAAUUUUCAGUUUUUCUAGUUAUUAAAUUAACAAAGCUACCAACUUACAUUAAGAGACUAAAACGUCAUGGAAAUGAACGUGUUUGAUAGUUUGCUUGUUCUCAUAAAGCAGUGCACCUUCUUAGGCUGGAACCGGGUUAAAAGAUCAGUGGAUAUGGUGAAAGUAUAUAGGAAGAAACCUACAUACAUGCUGCUUAAGUGCUGCCUUAUCUUUGUCUUUUUUUUUGUGCACUUCUUUUAUUGUUCCACCAUCAUGGAGGUCAACGGCGUUUACUCUCUCAUUGCUCCUCCAUUCAACAAUAAAACUGCAAAGCAAAUUCAGUCCCAGAAGGCUUGAGGUGAUUGCACAAUCAGAACUUUGGGAAUCUGCGUGUUCGGUUACCCCAUAGGUCUUGGGGGGGCGGAGCUUCUGCAGCGGCGAUCCGGAACUUGCUACAAUUCUGAAUUUUCGACAUCCUAAAGCGUCUGAUAAAUAGACCAAUGGGGUAUCGGACAGGGGGCGGGGCUUCCUCCAUGGAGUUCUGGAACUUGCUAGCGGAACUUUCAGACAUUCCAGAGAGUUCUAAAGAGAAAAGGACCAAUGAGAUGUCAGGCAGGGGGCGGGGCUUACCCCUACAAGGCUUUCACCUGUUGGACGGUCUUGAUGGACUCUGCCUGUGCCACGCCCUUUUCAUUUCUCCCAACCACACCACUGAGUUUUUUUUUGUUUUGUUUUGUUUUCACAACAGAGAAAUAUAAAAACUGAAAUGGUUUGUUUUGCUGCUUUUUCUUGUAUACGUUUUCAAGUUGAAAGUUAUAGAUUGCAAUAGUUUGUACUGAGUGAGAUUUGUGUUCUGUCAAUUCUUUUUAAAAAACACAUUUUUUAAAGCAUAAGGAGAAUUAAUUGGGUUAUUAAUAGGUGUGUAUUAAUUUGUACAUUAUUCCUUAUCACACUAUGGGGAAACAGCUAUUUACAUCAACUAAUAACCUAUUAUUAAUGUUAUUGUAUGAAUAAAAUUGUUGCUAUAAGAUAUUUGAAAUGCUAUUUUUUAUUCUAUUGCAGAUUUAGUUUUUAGCCUACAUGAGAAUGUCUUUGGUAAAUGUUGGAUGUAUUUAGAAUGUUAUGAAUUUCAGUUUAUAUUGUAAACAGUGUUUAAAAUGUUGAUAUUGUUGAUUUGAUUACUGUAAUAAUUAUUAUUUUUGUUAUCCAGACUUAUUAUCACUGCAUUUUAUUUUACAUUAAUUAUGGAAACAGAAAGCACUUGCCAGAUAUGUUUAUUUUUUAAGUGCCAUGCGACUACAGUUCAAUCUUCCUUUCAACCUGUUGGUUUCUGAGUCUGUCUUAUGUCCUUCUGUACAUAAUUUGCAAUUAUUUUUACAGGAAGAAAUGUUCAUUUAGUUUAAUUAUGAAUGUCUCGUAAUAGUUUUUCCAUUUUCUUUUUUUGUUACCAAGACUGCUAUGUGUACUCCUGUAAUAAACCACAAAGAAAAAAUAUCUGACCGGUGAAA